CACUUGAAACUAGUUUUGAUUUCGAGAUAUUAUUUUCUUUCUUUAUUAAAAAUACGUGAUCUGUCUCAUCGGUCUCUUAUUUAUCCUCUGAUGGUUUGCUGAUCCAAAGAAGAGCUGUUCUGAGUGACAUCACAUUCAUUCUUUCUGCUAUCGCUUUUCUGGGUACGUCAAAUAGCAUUCAUUUCAUAAAUGAAUGUAGUGUAUGAUAGGCAGCCAUGCCAACUCAUUUUAAAUAGCUCCAUCGGACAUAUUAAAGAACAUUUUCAAUAAACGCACCAUGUAACGCAUAAACACUGCGAAUCGUGUUGAAAACGUGAGUUCAUAAUGCACUCUCAAAUGCGCUCAUAUUCGUACGGGAAAAAAUAGGUUUAGAGUUCCCUCUGAUGGCAGUCCUCAUAACUACGCGUCUCGGAGGUUCCUUUACAAAGCACAGAGACCAUCAGUGCUUUUGACCCUUUCUCAGAAAGAAAAUCAAAACUUAUAAACAGCUAAAGGUUAACACAAGCGGGCUAGACAAUUUCCAUACUAUUUCCUGGUCGGGUGUUGGAGCGAGGGCAUACUCCGUUUGGAAAAUUACUCUUUGAAACAGAAGCUCUUGUUCUGUAGGAGUUGAGGUUUUUAUAAUACGUCGUGACGUUCAGUUGUCCUUUCCAUGUUCCUUGAGCCGCUCUUACCAAAAAAUAAAAAAGGCAAAAGGCUUACAAAGCAGUUAUUUUAUUAUUAUAUUCUCAUCAAACCAUGGACAGCAACCCACCGGUGUUCAAAGCAGCUGAAGGCUGAUGACAUUUCGUAACUGAAGGAGAGAAAGAUUUGCCAAGAAUGGGCUAUGGAAUACGCCGCAGGUACACAAUGAGAAGUCUGUGGGUCGGUGCUGUGCUUGGUUGCCUCCUAUGCCGUCUGAGUUUUUCUCAGACAGUAACAACAGCAACACCCAAGGAAGCAGAACUGAAUGAUAACAUUACUAUAUUCACCCGAAUAUUAGACGGGUUGUUGGACGGCUACGACAACAGACUUCGUCCUGGAUUGGGAGAGAUGGUUACUGAGAUCAAGACCAAUAUUUUUGUCACAAGCUUCGGUCCAGUGUCUGACACCGAGAUGGAGUACACCAUAGACGUGUUUUUCCGGCAAAGCUGGAAGGACGAGCGUUUACGCUUCAAAGGGCCCAUGGACACUCUGCCUCUCAACAACCUGCUGGCCAGCAACAUCUGGACGCCCGACACCUUCUUCCUGAACGGGAAGAAGUCUGUUGCCCACAACAUGACCACCCCAAACAAACUGCUGCGCUUAAAGGAGGACGGUACCCUGCUGUACACCAUGAGGUUGACCAUAGCAGCAGAGUGCCCUAUGCAGUUGGAGGAUUUCCCUAUGGAUGCCCACGCCUGUCCGCUAAAGUUUGGAAGCUAUGCCUACCCGGUGUCAGAAGUGGUCUACUCAUGGACGAGCGGUGCUGCCUCAUCUGUGGUGGUGGCAGAGGACGGCUCGCGGCUCAACCAGUACCAUCUGAUCGGACAGACGGCUGGCACUGAGGACAUCUCCACCAGCCGAGGUCAAUACACAGUGAUGAUGGCUCAUUUCUACCUGAAGCGGAAGAUUGGCUACUUCGUGAUCCAGACCUACAUGCCUUGCUUCAUGACCGUCAUCCUGUCCCAGGUGUCCUUCUGGCUGAACCGAGAGUCCGUGCCCGCCAGGACCGUCUUUGGUGUGACAACGGUGCUGACUAUGACCACGCUCAGCAUCAGUGCCCGCAACUCACUGCCCAAAGUGGCCUACGCCACCGCCAUGGAUUGGUUCAUCGCCGUGUGCUACGCCUUCGUCUUCUCCGCGCUCAUCGAGUUCGCCACCGUCAACUACUUCACCAAGAGGAGCUGGGCAUGGGAUGGCAAGAAGGCUAUGGAGGCUCAGCAGCCUAAGAGAAAGGAUCCCUUGGCGCUCUCCAAGAAGCCCAACAAUGCCUGCUCGGCCGGCGUAAACUACACUCCAAACAUCACCAAGGAUACGGCCAUCGCGACCAUUUCCAACAGCACGGCCGUGCAGCUGAAAAGCGGCGAGACAAAGGCUGCCAUCGACCCUAAAAAGACUUACAACAGCGUCAGCAAGAUUGACAAGAUGUCCCGGAUAGUGUUUCCUGUUCUUUUCGGGACGUUCAACCUGGUCUACUGGGCAACCUACCUUAACAGGGAGCCGGUGAUCAAAGGGGCAGUGUCUCCUACAUAAAAAAAAGCCUCUGGAACUAUCACUACCUAUCUUCUGUGUUUUCCUCACAGCCGUAUUGUCCACUGACUGGACCUCUGUGUGAUAUGACGGCAGGCACUCAUUCACUGUCCUCUGUACUCUUUUUUUUCCAGUCACAUGGAGCUAUCCUCUAUUGCCAUUUUUUUCUCCUUUUCAUACAUUGCAUGAUCAAAGCUCUGUGGGAAUACUGUUCUGAUACCUGCCUUGACUUUCUACUAUAUAUUUGCUCUUAUACUAGGAUUCCUUAGAGGAUUUUCAACAAGUGUACUCAACAAGGCGGUCAGUUUUCUUAUGGAAAGAUUCCAUCCACUUUCAAGCCAACUAAACUAAACUAAACUAAACUAAAACGUCACUGCAUAGCGUUUGGCAUCCACAUUUUUGCCCAUUACACCUGAAACCAAGGUUAGUGUUUAAACGUCCAGCACGGCCAAAUGCUAUGCAAAAACCUCUCUUUUCUACUAUAUGGUCUCAGCUAACUGCUUGUUAUCGUUCUCUCUUGCUUUGUAUGAAGGGGGCAUCAAGCCUGUAGCCGACUUCCGACUGGACUCGGGCCACAUCCAGCCCAGAGCCAGCGGUUACUGGUGCUGCCCGUAAGGAAAAUGUCUGUAAAAACAUAUAGGAAUCACACUUGUCAUGUACAAUACUUGCAUGAUAAAUCUGUGGUAAGGAGCU